AUGGAGAAAACAUGUGAGUGCAAAAGGUUCCAACAAGAUGAAAUACCGUGUGCACAUGCAAUAGCAGUAUUUGCCAAAACACGGCUGAAAACAUAUGAUGAUGUUGCUGAUUACUACAAAACUACAACUAUGAAAGCAACAUAUGAGUCAACUGUUCAUCCAUUGCUAAAUGAAAGCGAAUGGACACUACCAGAGACUUUAAACAAAAUUGCCCUACCCCCAAAAACAAGAAAGCCACCAGGCCGCCCUAGAAGGAAAAGAAUCAAAUCUAGAGGAGAACCGAAAGUGCAUGUUAAAUGUGGAAGAUGCGCGCAACCAGGACAUAAUAGAAAAACAUGCGGGAAUGAACCAAUCCCAAAGCAGCGAAACCCAACAAAGCCAAAGAAAUUAGACUAUAAAUUUGUAAAGAGUAGAUAG